AUGUUGGGUUGGCCAUGUUGCCCUUCAGACCAGCUGCACACCAAAGCCCGCAUAGGAGGUGUAGCUUAUUGCCCUGGUCAGGACUUCAAGAUAUCUGGACUAGUAAAUAACGAGAGCAGCAAAAAAGUUAUCGGUUUUGAAGCGCAACUUGUACAGAGAGUGCUAUACAAAACACCUGAAGGUAAGGAUUAACCCUUUAACCACUAGAAAUGACAAGGAUCUAAUUUCUCCUCACAGUAUCGCUGCUAAAUCAAUAAUCAAGGUCACGGGAAUAAAGGAAAUUAUCGCCCCGAAAGGAGCUCUCGAUUGUUCAACAAAUUCUCUUCGUCGGUACGACAGGGAAUAAAUAGAGAAGAGUAUGGAGAAGUGCUCAGUGAGGUUAGGAUCCCCAGAUAUUAAGGGUUAAGGAAUACAACUUUAAAAAAAAAUAAAGUGGGGUGGGAAGAAAUGUUUCCACUCCCUUAUCUGGACUCACCGGGUCUAUGCCGUGCUUUGUAUCACGCUUGUGAAAAUAUUUUCAAAAUCGUUUAACUCCCAACAUCUCAUUGCUGAUUCUCCACACUGUCAGCCAUAUAUCUCAUCUUGAGAAAAUAAGGCCCCAUUAUUUUCUCUUGGUCUUCAAGUUCAGUUCUGAGAAUUUAGUGUCAAAUUAAUUAUUUUUUCAACUUCUCAUCACUUGUCUGCUUGAAAGUGUAAGGUAUUAUAAGGAGAAAUUACAUCCUGAUCAAUACUGGGAGUGAAGUUUCUCUAUUGGACAGACAAACUCAAAAUGUACCUUCAACUAGUUACUCUAAGGAAACAAAAAUUGUCUUAAGUUCGUAAACCCUCGUAGAAAGUUUGUUGAUUUCUCUGCAAAAUUACUAUGGUGGUUUGACAUUUGUGUGGUAGCUUCAUUCUUUUGUUUGCCGUUUUGCCUAGCUACGACACGUACAGUAACAGAGAAGCUUUACGUCCUCAAGAAAGAACAAGAACUAGCACCUGGAGAUCAAACCAAUGACGAGUUUGAUUCUUUCGUCAUACCACCUGUGUGUCAACCAACGACGAAGGGAUUCGGAUGCAUUGACAUUCCGUACGCAAAUUAA